GGCAGGGCUAGGAACCGCAGCUGAGACAGCAAUCACCGCGCCUGCUGUCAACCCGGGUGUAGUGCAUCACCCUGAGCCCACCUACCGAGGGUGCCUCCUCCGUUCCCUGGGGUUUCGGGAGCCCUGAGGGACGAAGCGGCAGGGACGCCUCCCUUCAGAGAGGAGGCGACGUCGCAGCCCCGGAUGCGUCCAGAGGGCGCGGGAAUGGAGCUCGGCGGCUGCGAGGAGCGCUUGCCGGAGGAGAGCAGGAGGGAGCACUGGCAGCUGCUGGGUAAUUUGAAGACUACCGUGGAGGGUUUGGUGUCAGCCAACAGUCCCAACGUCUGGUCCAAGUAUGGUGGCCUGGAACGGCUUUGCAGGGACAUGCAGAGCAUCCUCUAUCAUGGGCUCAUCCAUGACCAGGUGUGUUGCCACCAGACUGAUUACUGGCAGUUUGUGAAGGACAUCCGCUGGCUCAGUCCCCACUCAGCCCUUCAUGUGGAGAAGUUCAUCAGCCUGCACGAGAAUGGCGAGAGCAGCACCGAUGGCAUGAGCGAGCAUGCUGUUGCCAAGUUGUGGCUGCAGCAUAGCUUGCAGUGCCACUGUCUUUCCGCCCAGCUCCGGCCUCUGCUCGGGGACAGGCAGUAUAUCAGAAAAUUCUACACAGAUACUGCUUUCUUGCUAAGCAACGCCCACGUCACGGCCAUGCUCCAGUGCCUGGAAGCAGUGGAACAGAACAACCCCCGCCUCCUGGCUCAGAUUGAUGCAUCUAUGUUUGCCAGAAAGCAUGAGAGCCCGUUGCUGGUAACCAAGAGCCAGAGCCUGACAGCUCUGCCUGGAUCCACAUACACCCCUUCAACCAGCUAUGCUCAGCAUUCCUACUUUGGGUCCUUCUCUAGCCUCCACCAGUCCGUACCUAACCACGGCUCAGAAAGAAGAUCUACUUCCUUUUCACUCUCUGGCCCUCCCCCAAAACCUCAAGAGAGCAGAGAGCACAUCUCACCAGCGCAGGAUCAAGUCUUCCAAGCUCCCCUGCUUCCAGUCUCGGCAUUAGCCAGGGAAACCCCCUCAACCCCAAACGAGAUGAGCUCUAGCACUCUGACCAGUCCGCUAGAGGCAUCCUGGGUCAGCAGCCAGAAUGAUUCCCCCAGUGAUGCCAGCGAGGGGCCCGAGUACUUGGCCAUUGGCAGCCGGGACCCCCGAGGCCGGCCUGCCAGCUGUCAGAGCCACAGCAGCAAAGCUGAGAGCAGCGCCUCCACCUCAUUCUCCUCCAGCGGCUCGCAGAAGCUGGCUUCUGCCGCUUCUCCCCAAGGCGAGCAGGAGGGAGGCGGGCAGGGCCAGCUGUCCAGCAGCCUUCGCAGGUCCAGCUUCUCGGAGGGGCAGACCCUCACUGCCACCGGUGGAACAAAGAAGAGCCAUACUCGCUCCCAUUCAGAUACCAACAUUGCCUCCAGAGGAGCCCCAGAAUCCUGCAAUGAUAAGUCGAAGUUGAGAGGCCCCUUGCCCUACUCUGGCCCAAGCAGUGAAGUCAGCACACCCAGCUCUCUGUACAUGGAGUAUGAGGGUGGUCAGUUCCUGUGCUCGGGGGAGGGCAUGUUCCGAAGACCAUCGGAAGGACAGUCCCUCAUCAGCUACCUGUCUGAGCAAGACUUUGGAAGCUGUGCAGACCUAGAAAAGGAGAACGCCCACUUCAGCAUCUCAGAGUCCUUGAUUGCUGCCAUUGAGCUCAUGAAGUGCAACAUGAUGAGCCAGUGCCUAGAAGAGGAGGAAGAAGAAGAGGAAGACAGCGAUAGAGAGAUCCAGGAACUGAAGCAGAAGAUCCGCCUGCGUCGCCAGCAGAUCCGCACCAAGAACCUGCUCCCCGGGUACCAGGAGGCUGAGCACGGAAGUUUUCGGGUCACUUCUAGCAGCUCCCAGUUUAGUUCACAUGAUUCAACACAGUUCUCUGACUCUGGCUCUGCUGACGAGGUUGAUGAAUUUGAAAUCCAAGAUGCUGAUAUCAGAAGGAGCACAGCCUCAAACAGCAAAUCCUUCACUUCCUCCCAGUCCUUCUCUCACUGCUUCCUUCACUCCACAUCUGCGGAGGCAGUGGCCAUGGGACUCCUGAAGCAGUUCGAAGGCAUGCAGCUCCCAGCUGCCUCAGAGCUAGAAUGGCUAGUUCCAGAGCAUGAUGCCCCUCAGAAGCUCCUGCCCAUCCCUGACUCACUGCCCAUCUCACCAGAUGACGGGCAGCACGCUGACAUCUACAAGCUGCGGAUUCGUGUUCGUGGCAACCUGGAGUGGGCCCCACCCCGGCCCCAGAUCAUUUUUAAUGUUCAUCCGGCCCCGACGAGGAAGAUCGCGGUGGCCAAGCAGAAUUACCGCUGUGCUGGGUGUGGCAUUCGGACUGACCCUGAUUAUAUUAAGCGGCUGCGGUACUGUGAGUACUUGGGCAAGUACUUCUGUCAGUGCUGCCAUGAAAAUGCUCAGAUGGUCAUCCCCAGCCGGGUUCUGCGCAAGUGGGACUUCAGCAAGUACUAUGUCAGCAAUUUCUCCAAGGACCUGCUUAUUAAGAUCUGGAACGAUCCUCUCUUCAAUGUGCAGGACAUCAACAGUGCCCUCUAUAGGAAGGUCAAGCUGCUCAAUCAAGUCCGGCUGCUGCGGAUCCAGCUGUAUCACAUGAAGAACAUGUUCAAGACAUGCCGACUGGCCAAAGAGCUUCUGGAUUCCUUUGACACAGUUCCAGGCCACCUGACUGAGGAUCUCCACCUGUACUCACUGAAUGACUUGACUGCAACCAGGAAGGGGGAGUUGGGGCCCCGGCUUGCUGAGCUCACCAGGGCAGGGGCUACCCACGUAGAGAGAUGCAUGCUCUGCCAAGCCAAGGGCUUCAUCUGUGAGUUCUGUCAGAAUGAGGAUGACAUCAUCUUUCCUUUUGAGCUCCAUAAGUGCCGGACCUGUGAAGAGUGUAAAGCGUGUUACCAUAAAGCUUGUUUCAAGUCUGGAAGCUGUCCGCGGUGUGAGCGGCUGCAGGCCCGGCGGGAAUUGCUGGCCAAACAGAGCCUGGAGUCUUACAUGUCAGACUACGAGGAGGAACCCAUGGAAGCCUUGGCCGUAGAGGCCACCGUCCUGGAGGCCACCUGAAGAAAGCACAUUAAGCCCUCUUUCCAGGGGCCAGGGUCACACAUAAUGCAGAACUGAGCCACCCUUUUAAGGACUUUCCCCACUUGUUUUUUUUUUUUUUCUUAUUAUCAUUAUUAUUAUUUUUUAACGACUUGUCUAAUGUCCAUGUAAAUCAACCUUUAUUAGGUUGGUGGGGUCCAGUCUGUUAUGACAAUUUGUAGGUACCGGGUAUUUCCAUCAGAACUGACACAUGAGUCCUUAUGUGAAGCUUCUAGUGC